UCACCGUCAUCACGCACGCGCAGUAUCCCUGGAUAGUCACGCCUCGAUCUUGACUGGCAUAACUUUCUAACAUGUCCUCUACACGGCCACCAACUAAAAGUGACCGAUUGCUCGACAUCCCAUGUCGUGUGUGCGGCGACCGCAGUUCCGGUAAACACUACGGCAUCUACAGCUGUGACGGCUGCUCCGGUUUCUUCAAGCGCAGCAUACACAAGAACCGCGUGUACACGUGCAAGGCCCAGGGAGAGAUGAAGGGCAUGUGUCCCAUAGACAAGACACACCGCAACCAGUGUAGAGCAUGCAGGCUAAACAAGUGUUUUGACUCAGAAAUGAACAAAGACGCGGUCCAGCAUGAACGUGGCCCCAGGAAACCCAAGAUGAAGUCCCCAGAAAUGUGUGUAUCCCUCCACAGCCACUCUCAAGACCGACCUAUUGAUCUAAGUCUCUCAAACCCCAAUCCGUCUACGGCAGUCAAGUUUGAUGUGGACUCAUUCCAUAAGUUCAGUCUCCGACCUGACCACCCCAUGGUUGUAAUGGGAUACGCUGGUGAACUUCCACCUGAGAUGAUGCGUUUACAUGCGCCUUCAGCGUUCACAUCACCUCCGCUGAUGACAUCAAUGGUGACUCUACAACACGACGUGUGGCAAGAGGUCAUGGCACGACUUCUUUUCACCAUUAUCAGCUGGGUCAAACAGAUUCCAGCUUUCCUCGUACUCUCCGACAAUGAUCAGACAUCAUUGUUAACAGCUUGCUGGAAGGAAUUGUUUCUUUUGGGAAUUGUACAGUGGGGGCUGCCGUUGGAUACUGGGAACAAAAUGGUGUGGAGACCCCGACUGGAGGCUGAAGACCCAUCUACGAACAAUGAGAUGGAUAGACUAAAUGAGACGGUUGGGAAGUUUCGGGAGAUGAAUCUCGACCCAACGGAGUUCACGUGUCUUAAAGCCAUCGCUCUGUUCAAAUCAGACGCCCCUGGAUUGAAGGACAGCAAGUCGGUUGAGGCAUUGCAGGAUCAGGCACAGCUCAUGUUGUCGGACCAUGCUCAACUCAACUACCCAAGACAGGUCGUCAGAUUCGGCCGUCUUCUUAUGUUGUUGUCAAGGUUACAGGGUGUCAGUAAUAUGACACUGGAAAGAGUGUUUUUCCGGGGUAUCGUCGGCAAUAUCAGUAUCGAGAAGCUCGUUGGAAACAUUCUACACGGUGAUGUCGUGUAGUGUCAGUCAGCUUUUCAUUAAGAACGUAUAUUGCAAGACCUUGUUUUCAUUUAUUGUUUGAAAAGAGUAUCACAUAUUCAUUCGCUUAUCCACAGACUUGUGGUACGAAUUAGCAAGUAUCACGUGAUGUAUAUGUCACCAGUUAACUUGUAACAACGAAGACGAACAACAGGGACUGAGGCAUAUUGAACCCUUUCAGUACCAGGAGACACGAACACUAAUCUGACAAACUGUAUCUUUAGGCAAAGCAUGGAACUGUUCUUCAUGAAAAUGUCAUUUGUGGCAGUCACGAUCCUGACUUUUGCAUGUUCCAUCAUAGUGCAAUGCGCCUCUGCUACUAUUAAAUAUCAUUCUUCAGCUACCUUAGUAAAUAAACACGUUGUUGAGCAAGAGUUACUAUAAAUAUUGGAAUUGCCUGUAUCUGCAUAUCGAAUAGUGUAGUCAAUGUUUAGCCAUUUUCACUGUACGAACAUGAACGGGCUUUGCACCUCUCAUAUGCCCUGACAUGAAUAUUUUUGUCGGUAGUGAGGAAUCUAGCUCACGGAUAAUAAUCGAUAUGUUCUGUGAAACAUCUUAUACUAUUCAUAUGUCGUAUAUAUCAGGAAAUAGCUUUUGAAACAGGCAAAGAGCGCAGACACUGCGGCCAUGUUUGGAGUUUAUAUAUCCGAAAUAAUUUACAUUCUACGUAAUAGAACAAUAAAUAUGAUUUCACACUA